AUGGCAAAAGCUGCACUCUUUCUGCUCAUUGCCCUAACGUGCUCGUUGGCUGUGUUAGCAAAACCAUACGAAAAUGAGGGAAACAACAGAGAGAUCCUGAAGCAUAACUGGGAGAUAUUUGAUUCAGAUCGUUUGGCGGAAUCGUAUUUGCUCGAGUUGUACGAAAGACUGCUGAAAGUGCGUCCUGCCGAGCGUCCUGAAGCAAGCGAGCAUCAACCAGCGGAGAAACCCCAAGAACACAUUCUACCGGAAUGGAUUGAUUCGGACGAUCAAGCGCCAGAUGACGACAAGCCAGAGAAAGAUGAAGUUGACGUCAAAAAUGCCACCUCUGCUAAACCUGCCAUCGAUGGGGAAGUUGACCGAGAGAAGGAAGAACAAAUUCCGGAUGAAAUGCCGAGCAAGGAUUCGGAAGGAAAGCAUGAAGAAGCCCCGAAGGAAGACGAAAAUGCAAAGAAAUCUGACGAAAAGCAACUCGAUGCACAAAAACCGGAAGAACAACGUCAACCACCAAAACGUGAUAAUGCUCAAAAGCGACCAGGAAAGGAGGAAAGUCAACGUGGAAAGCCAAAGUUGGGAGACAAACGGCCAGGAGACAGGAUUAACAGGCCAGCAUUGCCAGAACCACAGCAGGGAGAUCAACCGAUCAAACCGGAUCAAAAACCUGACGGUCGUUCGGCGAGUCCUUUGGUACAGAUCAACGUGAACCUUGCGUCCAAGUAA